GUAAAGAGAAAGUAAAAGUUACUGAGCUGACAAAGAAAGCGACAUCUUACUGACGAACUGCAGAUCUUUGCCGGACUUGAACAACACCCUCCUAAAUCAGGAUGUCAGUGCAGUUCUCUGGCUGGGAGGUGGUCGACGAUGGUGCUUCUUUCCCUGGCGUGGAGCUGCAGCCGUCCCAGAAACCCCAAAACCGGGGCGUCUACACUAUGUACCACGGGACCAGCGUUGCCAGCGCACGGAUCAUCAUUACCAAUGGCUUUAAACAGUCAUCAAAGGGCAUGCUGGGAAGGGGAGUGUAUGUCAGUCGUGAUAUAAAAAAGGCGUCACAUUAUCCAUUAAACAGUAACAUAACAGACCGCGUGGUCUUCAAGUUACACGUGCGUGUCGGCCGUGUAAAGCGCAUUGACAAGGACAACCAUCCCAUGCAGUUCACCUGGAACACGCACGGCUACGACACUGCCUGGGUGCCCCCCAAAUGUGGCCUCAAAGCUGUGCGCAGUGGCCUGGAGGAGGAUUGUGUGUUCGAUCCUAAAAGAGUGAAGGUGGUAGGCAUAGCAAAGGCACCAAACACCACUAUACAGAAGGAACUUCAACAGCUUCUAUCAAAAACAUCCAGCAGACCUGGAUCAGGAGGUGACGCUGCUGCAGAUGUUUGUUCACUGUGUAAGAGGAAGACCCAGAAGGGGGCUCCACACAUCAAACAAAAGUGCUGGGAGUGUGGGCAAAACAUCUGCGUUCUCAUGUCCAAGCAUUUCUGUCCACGAAAGUUGAAAAUCUACGGUAGGCCGACUGAACAGAAAGUGAAAGUUAUUGAGAUUAGAGAACGAAAACGACUCCAUACCGACGAGCUGCUGUUCCUGAACAGGAUCCCUUUUAAAAACAAGAUGCCGCUGCCUUUCUUUGGCUGGGAGGUGACCUAUGAUGAUGACUCUCCUCGUAUGGAGCUGGAGGCGUCUCAGACGCCCAAAGACAGCGGUGUCUACACCAUGUUUCAUGGCACCAGCGUUGCCAACGCACGGCUCAUCAUUGCCAAUGGCUUUCAGCAGUCACCAGGUGGCAUGCUGGGUAAGGGCGUGUAUGUCACCCGUGAUAAGAAAAAGGCGGAGCGUUAUCCAUUGAAAAAUGACCCUUCGACCCGCGUGGUCCUUGAGUUACGGGUGCGCGUGGGCCGUGUCAAGCGCAUUGACAUUGACAACCAUCCUAUGCAGUACACCUGGAGCACGCAGGGAUACGAUACUGCCUGGGUGCCCCCCAAUUGUGGCAUGAAAGCCGUGCCCAGCGGCCUAGAGGAAGAUUGUGUGUUUGAUCCCAAAAGAGUGAAAGUAACAAGCAUUGCAAAGGCUCCAGACACCGUACUGUCAGAGCUCCAGCAGCUUCUAGCUAACAAUCUAAGGAAUCCUGGCGAUGCAGGAGAUGGCGGUGCUGUGGAUGUGUGUUCACUGUGUAAAAGAAAGACCCAGCAGGCCUCUCCACACAUCAAGCAACCGUGUUGGGGCUGUGGGCAAAACAUCUGCACUCUCAUGACCAAGCAUGUCUGCCGAGCUAGCUUCUGAGAGAGUGUAAGGGCCUGAAAAACGGUGCUGUUGUGAAAAGGAUGCAACGAGGAUCCACAUCUGUAUGGCCUUCUGAUGGGGUGGAGGGAAAACUAAAGCUAAAGUUUUCUAAAGAGUAAACAAAAUCAUGAGCUGCAAAGAAUAAUCGAUUAGUUGUCAACUUUAAAAUGAAUCGGCAACUAUUUUAUCAAACGAUUAAUCG